UCAUCCAAGGAGGACAGACAGCACUCCGGCUGCCCCGCUGUACGUCUCCCGGGCACAGCACACACCUCUGAAACCUAUGGAUGAUGCUCUACAAGACACAUCAGUCGUAUUGUCAUCGGCUGCAACACGACAUGUGUUUUCUUACAAGCAAUAGCCGACUGAAUGAGCAAGUGGUUGAUAAAAUCAUUCUUCAGCUUAACAGAGUCUACCCCCAAAUUCUUACCAAUGCGGAAGCAGAAAAGUUCAGAAAUCCAAAGGCAUCACUCCAUACCAGGCUUUCAGAUCUGAUAAAGCACCUUCAAAAGAAAGGAGACAGACACUGUCAAGAGUUUUACAGGGCUCUCCAGAUCAAUGCUGAACAGCUGUAUAAUGACCUGCCAAGCAGGAAAAUCUUGAGUCCGGUGUUUUUCCUCGCUUGUUUUAGCGUUGCUGCAGGAUUUGCCUUAUUUUGGUAUUGCUGUAACUCAGAUACGAAAGUCAUAGGAAGAGCCAGGAGAAUCUUGGGCUUUUCUCCUAUUAUCAUAGGAAGACACGUUAGAAAUAUUUGUAUGUUGUAUUUGGAAGACAUACCAAGAAAUUAAGGAGAAGCCGCCUCUUCGCUUGUCUGUACGCUAUACCUGCCAAGGGAGGACAACGGUGCAUGAAUACUAAUGUACUGUACUCUCAUACCAAAGAUUUUAUUAACUAGCUUCAUCAAUAAUUGUGUUGCCUCAAGAUGUAUUCAGAAUUUCAGCUUUAUAUGUCCUUCCUUAUGGGAAAGGACCAUUUAUUUUUGUAAAUGCUUAUUUUAAAAUAUUUAUCGUUGGGAUAAGAACUAUUUUUAAUACAAACUUUAAAAUUAUAUCCUAAGUGAUCAUGGGUCUUAAGCGAUGUUUGCAUAUGUGUUUUAUACUGGAAUGAAGGAUCACAACUGUUUAAAGAAUGCUAGCCUGUCUUUUGUGAUAAUUUAAGAAAAGCACUUAAAAAACCACAUGCACUCAAAGCCUUACUAAGAAAUGGAUCUCCAUCUCAGGAUUGUCUGUUUUGCCUAGAUCCUUUACACUUACUGCCUGAGUUCAGGUGGGCACUGGCAGCUACGAAGUCUAUCAGUGCCAGUUACAUUUGUGUGUGCCUCGUACUUGCCGUGGUUUCUAGUUCCUGUCCAUGCCUCAUCCCAGCCUGCCUUGUUCAUGGUCAUACUCAGCUGUUGGCCGUGGUUUGAAUGCGCCGGAGCUGGUGCAGAGUGGUUCCCAGCCCACGGAGGGUCCCAGCGACUGGAAUGUCUGAUCUGAAUCACAUGAAACUACCAAGAAAGUUUUUCAGGUUUUUUAACUUUUCCUUUUCCAGUGAAGUGUUUUGCAGUCUGUAUCUCUAAGAAACUGAAGUAAUCCAAGAUAUUUUGCAGGGACUUCAGUGCCGUGACAUGGGGCUUUUUUUAUGGCCAAAAAUACGUAUACUUACUUGAAGAGCCUGAGGUUGUUCAUAACGUCAUCUGAUGAUGUUACGUUUUUCUUCUGUGAGUUGAAACCUGAAAAACUUGCAGAAACCAUUGUAAGACUAAAAUUCUUGAGGGAGAUGCGGGGAGUCAGGACAGCAAGUGAAGCAGCUGGGGGUUUCUUAGCUUUGUGAACCUAACCUUGCUCCUGCCUAGCUCAGUACAAAUGGCUUUCCUCUUCCAGAUGGGAGGUGCAGGAGUUCUGAACUGGCUUCGAGAAACGACAUUUUCAGUGGGUAGUUCUUCAAUUACCUGCUCAGGAGUGUAAGGAGCUUGGGGUGACCAUGUCCCUGGACUUGGUGAGAAUGAUGCUUUGUGGCUCUUCAUUCACUGACUGAAUGAAGAGGUUUCCAGAUCAAAUGUCACCUGAAUAAAAGUUGCAGCUACAUCACAAGUUACCAUGCGCUGGAAGAUCCCGCGUGAAAUUCUAAGUCAUUUGGAGUGGUUUUCUCAAAAUAGUCAGACUGAAAUUGUCUUCCAGCUUUAAACUUUAUUCAUGCUAUAAAAAUAUCUUCUCCAAAGUAAAUCAGCUUGUAAUAACUGUCUUUCCUUCCAGGACAACGCUCACCUGAUAUAGUAGCAAGCAAAUAGUUCAGAGGAGGAAUUGAGUACAGGGCCAAAUUUCCAAGUAAAAGACCCAAGGAGUAUUUGCGGGAAACGUCUUGAGAGACAGAAAAGGGCUCAGAGGACCCUGAUUUUACUCUUCUGAUGAAGUGUUUUUACCUGUGGCAUUGGAGUGGGGUUGGGACACAAGCCAGCCCCACGUAGAGGUAGCCACAGUCGUCUUAGGUCAAAUCUCAAAAACAGGGGACGCAUCUUCGCGUCAUCACUGGUGGGAGUGCAGCUCAUCUCGCAACACCGAAGUGAAAUCAAACGGGCUACAGGGCGAACGCUACAACCGCGCUGUAAGUCAGCACAAGCUAUUUGGUUCAGUAUUUAUUCUGAUUCUGGGAAGGUGAGCUCCCAGGGGCUGGGUUUACGCUGCUAACGGUGCCUCCGCAAGCCGCGUUAAAGCUGGCUUGGCUAUUUUUACGCGGCUGCAGCCGCUCCUUUGACUGCAGAGCCGGUGUUUCCGUAACAGCUCCCCUGGUGUAACUGUGCAGCACUCAACAGAAGAGCUUUCUGCAUAGACAGACAGACGUACCCCAAGAUCAGCAGUGGGCCAGAGGGUAUUAUAAACACUUAAUAGCCUGAUUGCUGCAGUGUAAAACGUGGAAUGAGACAAACGCCAUGCGAACAAAAUGAGACCCAGCAGAGCAGCUUAUUUAGACUUCUUCUCCCCUGCCUCAGCCCCACCAGCUCUUGUGUCUCUUCGAUCUAAUCUCCACGGGGACUCUUAUUAGGGAGAAAACGGUGACGGAGUUGAGUGCGUUUCCUACAGAAUUGGCUAACCAUGAGGCUCCGCUGCCCUUGUUACGGAACGAUCUGCUGUUGUGCUGCCUUCCAUCUUGGGAAGUGCUUUAAUUAUCUGCUGUUGUUUUCUCUCUGCCUUGCCUUGUGUUUAAGGUGACAACAGGUUGGGUUUUUUCUCCGGCAAACCAGCUCUGAUUUAUAACAUUUGAAAUGAAAUGUUCCUUUCCCCACUGCUCCUGUAGCAGCCCCUUUUCAAGGGACUAGAAAAAAUACCUCUGAAACCUAAAGGGGUUUUAAAUCUUUGCCUUGAAGCCAAUUUUGAGACCUCAUUAGAGGAACGGUGUUCCAUUUUACACAAAAAGCCACCGUUAUUCAAAGUUAUCACAACAGUCACGUCUCAUUUUAAAGCAGAAACAGAGGCCUUAUUGCUGCUAGGUAGAUUCUUUCUGUUUAGAUUAUCCACUGUGUUACCCCAAAUUGUUGUGAGCUGUUACUGAAACCUACAGAAGUCACCUGUGCCUUAUUUAAUCUGCAGAUGACAUUCUGCUGCACUUAGAGGUUCAAGGUUGCCUUGCAGUGCCAGGAGCCCUCUCGGGUCGAUAGAACCACCCCAGGAGCACACUGGCUGUGCAGUAGGACGUGGUCCUCCCAGUUCCUUAAACCGAGUGGCUUUCUUGAGCCUUGAAAACCGUAUGGAAUAGGGAAGUUCCCAAAAGGCUAUGGCUGUAUUUCUUUCCUUUCUGAGGUUGGUCGAGACGAGGGUGCCUCUCGGAGCAAAAAAAAAAAAAUCCGGGAUGAGCUAUCCCCAGGGUUAGGGCUGGGAGGAGAGAAGAAAAAUGAGGCGCUGUUCAUCCCAGUGUGUUCGUUACAGGACCUGACAGCAAAGAAUAGAAAAUAAUCUGUUCCUUUAUCAGUGCUAGUUCGUAAUUUAAAAAGUAAAAGCGAGGCUAGCUAUAAAAUUGGCAUGUGCGUAGGUUGGCAGACAUUCUUUUUCUUGGAGGAUUUUUCUUUCGGGAGCAAAUACCGAGGCUUAAUGCACUUCUCCGCAAGCGCAUCUAUGCAGCGCAUGUCAACAGCAGAUGAAGUGAUAAUUCCAUCUUCGGUUCCUGGAGGAAGGCCGUACGUACCUGCGUGGGAGUCGGGUCCUUCUAGGCAAGUGGUGUUACUUGGAAACAAAUCAAGUAGGGUCUUGGAUGAGCCCGUCUAGCUGUAGAGUUCCAGCUUCCCUGUCAGGUCAAGAGUAGCUUGGCGGUUGCUGCUGAAACUGUACUGGGGUUUAGGAAUGUGCUUUACGUGCAGGGAAGUUGUCCUGGCUGUGUAAAAUUCAGUAGGUGGUUACACGUGCAGAGGACAGAGGCCAUUCUCGUGAACGCCCUGGUUCUUGUGCUGCAGGCAGUAAACGCGCAGUCGCUGAUAAAAAGCAGCCGUGUUUGCAACGCACCUUCUCUCACCUUGUGCAACUCUCGCUGAAGGAGCGAAACGUUUGCUUUUCCCUACAGCGUAAGCAGCGUUGUGCCUUUAGCGGCAUUAUGGGCUGAGGAGCCAAACGGGUCUUGGGUGUCACUCUCCUGGAGGGAGGAAGGAGAGCUGAACGUGGCUCUCGGGAAGAGAUGAGCGAGGAGAAGCUGUGGGCUCUGGAGGGUGGGAAUGUGCGUGGUAUCGAGCAGUUGGCUCCCCUGCCAGCUUAAACUGUGCUCUGCGGCAAGUGCCUCGCACACGGACUGGCUGCAGCUCCCACCAGGGACCGUCCCCCUUCGCCGCUGUGCGGAUUGUGCAUGAAUCCAAGGGAAGGGAAGGGGGAAUGAGGUCCACACUCUUCAGCCUGGAGGCUCCUGAUACCUAGCCAAAAAUCACCAUCUUUCCCUGUGUUUUUUCCUUAUGAAUGGGCUUUUUGAUUUAAAGCGAAGCUGAACUGCCUCCGAUUGCCUUGCUGGUAAUGUCAGGGCUAUCUAGACAGCCGGGGCUAACGAGUUCGCCGGUGUGAUCACCCCCGAAGCAGCGCGUGCAGGCCGCUGGCCCGAGUCACGUAAACAGUCCGGGCAGAGCGAGGGGGCCGUGGGCAUGCGGAGAGCGCUGGGAAGCAAAGUGACAGAUCACACAAUGAAUUUGCACAAUUCCAUUUAAAGACAGACUGCUAUUUAAAGUACUUGAGUGAAGUACGAUGUGCCUGCAAGCCAGAGCUGGAAUAAAGUGAUGAUUCAUUCUGGGACAUACUGGGCUGCUUCAGAGCUGCUGGCUGGAGUUUUCAAAGCUGCCGAGGCAAAGUUCCUCUUUCUGUUUCUUGUGAUUUAUUUUUUUUUCUCAUACUGUAAUAAAUUGAAAACACAUUUGAUCAAAAUUUGCCGUUGCGGAUGCUUUUCGCUGCUGUUCUGUACGCGCAAGCGUUAUUCCCGAGAGAGGCCGUGCCGUAGCUGUGUAAUCAGCAUUGCUGUUACGCGAAGAAAUGCAAACAGUUUGCUGUACGUCACAGGUCCUGUGUUUUGUAAUCAUUUCCCCUAAUGUAUGUCUUCUGGAAUUCUGUAGAAAUUUAUGGAGUUUGUUUUUUUUUUUUUAAUGGGGUGAAGCUGGCAAUUAAAUUGAAAUAAAAUCUGUACUGA